AUGGGUGAGAUUAGGGGUGGGAAUACGGGCAUCCAUGGAUACCCGUCCUGCAAAAACCGGGUACCCAAAUCCGAAAAUCAUCUAAAUGUCUAUCCAAAAUCCGACCCGAUAUAUGUUCGGUUCAUCAUUCUCCACCACGGAGCGUCGGCGGGGCCUUUCUACCGUGUGUGGCUCUUCGUCUUCGUCCUCUUCUUCAUCUUCACCUUCGCCUUCACCCUCCUCACCACCAGGGACGCCGUCGGCCUAGAAUUCCAAAUCCAGCCUCCCAGCUCCGUCUUCGACGCGCUUCUCCACUACGCCGCCCUCAACGCCUCCUCCAUCGGCCGCAUGUCCGCCGAUGAGCUGAACAUCGUCGCCGCCGUGCUCCGCCGCUGCGCCAACUCCUGCAACCUCCUCGUCUUCGGGCUUAGCCACGAAACCCUACUGUGGAAUUCCUUCAACCACAACGGCCGCACCGUGUUCUCGCACGUAUUAGUGACGGAUUAG